GAUUUUGCUGUUCCCUGAACGCUGUAGUUUCGCGAGUCGCCGCACUACAGUUCGCGGCAUCCGAGUCCAAUCAUCAGAAGUAAUACACCAAAGAAGUCCCGCCCGUAGCAGGACUACUAACCAGUCGCACCUAAACUAACAAUGAAUAAGUUUUGGGUGCUGACCAAUUUGAUUCAAAAUUCGAACGUGUAUCCACUACCUAAAGUCGAACAUCCGCACCAUCAGCAGUCGGAUCAGCAACAGCAUCCUCCACCGUCACAGCAUCCGCAGCAGCAACAGCAACAUCAACAACCGCCUCCGUCCCAUCAGCCGCCAUCGUCGACGACGUCGUCCAAGGGUGGAGGAAGUCGGCAUCCUCCCGGUGCAAAUCACGCGCUCGGGCCUGCGCCAGGAUUAUACCAUAAUCCGGGUGGCGUUCCCGGACCAACGCCACCCAGUGCCAGCUCGGCACCAACUGUACCUACAUCGGCCAUAGGAUCGACUCACUUAACGAAUCUCUCCGGACCUGCUACUAGCACGCAUAGUAGCAGAGGGAGUAGCAGCCAUCCAGCGCCUCCACCCGGAGCACAUCUACAGCAACUGAACGGAGGAGUUCCAACGGAUCACACGAAGCCCCAGUAUUUAGGUAACAUGCAGGUCCAUCCGGCACACAGUGGAAGCGGUCACCAUCCGCCACCACCGCCGACGCAGGGUCCACCUCAGUCUGCCCAUCCACCGCCGCCCCAGCCGAUUUCGAUCGUGAAACCUGAGUUCAAGGUGCCCUCGAUACCGGCCCACCUGAUGGACGUGCGCGGUCCGGACGGGUCGAUCGUCAAGAUCAACAUGCCGGAACACCACGAUCCGAGCAAACCGCCCAACAACGUGGAAAUGUUAAAAGUCAACAUCGAGGAUCUCAGUCAAUUUCUCUCGUACCAUGAAGUCUUCGGAAAGCUACCUUCCGAUAUGCUAACGGGUCCCUCCGCUAGCCUAGUGCCAUCAUCCGCUACCAAUACUGCGACAACCAGUGCCGGUCAUAGUAAUGGUAAAUUAAACCACAUCCGUCAGCAGCAUCCGCAGGGCGAAUCACCGUUCAAGUGCAGCUAUUGCGCGAAAAGCUUCACUCGGAAGGAACACCUGACCAACCAUGUGCGUCAGCACACCGGGGAGUCUCCCUACCGCUGUCCGUACUGUGGGAAAACCUUCACCAGGAAGGAACAUCUCACGAACCACGUAAGAUUGCACACGGGCGAAACUCCCUACCAGUGCACAUACUGUGGGAAGAAAUUCACCAGAAAAGAACACCUUACCAAUCAUGUCAGGUUACACACCGGAGAGACCCCGUUCCAGUGCACUUAUUGCGAGAAGAAGUUUACGCGAAAAGAGCAUUUGACAAAUCACACGAGGUUACACACCGGCGAAACGCCGUUCCAGUGCUCGUACUGUCAGAAGAAAUUCACCCGCAAAGAGCAUUUAACGAAUCAUGUCAGAUUACAUACUGGAGAAACCCCCUUUCAGUGUACCUAUUGCGAAAAGAAAUUCACGCGCAAAGAGCAUUUAACGAAUCAUGUCAGAAUACACACUGGCGAGACUCCGUACCGGUGCACGUAUUGUGAGAAGAAAUUUACCAGAAAAGAGCGUUUGACGUAUCACAUAAGAUGGCACACCGGAGAGACUCCUUAUCAUUGCACAUAUUGCGAGAAAAAAUUCGCACGAAAAGAACAUUUAACGAAUCAUGUCAGAUUGCACACCGGUGAGACGCCCUAUCACUGUACCUAUUGCGAGAAAAAAUUUACCCGCAAAGAGCAUUUAACGAACCAUGUCAGAUUGCACACUGGAGAGACUCCCUAUCAGUGCACAUAUUGCGAGAAGAAAUUCAGUAGAAGAGAGCGUUUAACGAUUCACACAAGAAUACAUACCGGAGAGACCCCUUAUAGAUGCACAUAUUGUGAUAAGAAAUUUACCAGAAAAGAGCGUUUAACGUAUCACAUAAGAUUACAUACCGGAGAGACCCCCUAUCAGUGUACCUAUUGCGAGAAAAAGUUUACGCGAAAAGAGCAUUUAACAAAUCAUGUCAGAUUGCACACCGGAGAAACACCUUAUCAGUGCACUUAUUGCGAGAAGAAAUUCACUCGAAAAGAGCAUUUAACCAAUCACACAAGAUUGCACACUGGAGAGACCCCCUAUCAUUGCACCUAUUGUGAGAAGAAAUUUAUGCGAAAAGAACAUUUGAAAAACCAUGUCAGAUUACAUACUGGAGAAACUCCCUAUCAAUGUACGUACUGCCAGAAGAAGUUUACGCGAAAAGAGCAUUUAACAAAUCACACCAGAUUACACACUGGCGAAACUCCCUACCAUUGCACUUACUGUUCGAAGAAGUUUGCUCGCAAAGAACAUCUCACAAACCAUCUCAGAUUACACACUGGCGAAACUCCCUACCAAUGCACGUACUGUUCGAAGAAGUUCACUCGAAAAGAACAUCUCACAAACCACCUCAGGUUGCACACCGGGGAAACUCCUUACCAGUGUAAUUAUUGCCAAAAGAAGUUCACGAGAAAAGAACACUUAACGAACCAUGUCAGAUUACACACGGGCGAGACACCUUAUCAGUGCUCGUAUUGCCAGAAGAAGUUUACGAGAAAAGAGCACUUGACCAAUCACACCAGAUUGCACACUGGAGAGACUCCUUAUCAUUGCACCUAUUGCGAGAAGAAAUUUAUGCGAAAAGAGCAUUUAACGAACCAUGUCAGAUUGCACACCGGAGAAACUCCCUAUCAGUGCACAUAUUGCGGGAAGAAAUUCACCCGAAAAGAGCAUUUAACCAAUCACAUCAGAUUGCAUACCGGAGAGUCUCCUUAUCGGUGUGAGUACUGUAACAAGUCAUUCACCAGAAAAGAACACCUCAAGAAUCAUGUCAGGCUACACACCGGUGAUUCACCGCACAAAUGCGAAUACUGCAACAAAACGUUCACGCGCAAGGAGCAUCUCAACAACCACAUGCGUCAGCACAGCGGGGACAACCCGCACUGUUGCAACGUGUGCAAUAAGACCUUCACACGGAAGGAGCAUCUGAUCAACCAUAUGAGUCGGUCACACACCGGCGAGCGUCCGUUCCAGUGCGAUGAGUGCGGCAAGUCGUUCCCGCUCAAGGGCAACCUGCUGUUCCACGCGCGCAGCCAUACCAAGGGACAACCGAUGGAGCGGCCGUUCCGUUGCGACAUGUGUCCGAAGGACUUCAUCUGCAAGGGUCACCUGGUGUCCCAUCAGCGAUCUCAUACCGGGGAGAAGAAUCAUCACUGUCCGCAGUGCAGCAAGUCGUACGUUGAGCGGGGCAACAUGCUGCGGCACAUGAAGAAAACCCACCCGGACGCGGUUAUACCGGUGCUGCCCAAGUUGCCGCACAUUAAGGUGGAACCGAAGUCCACCGGUGAGUACUUAUCUCAGCCAACGUCGGUGGUGACGUCCCCGGCUCAGGCGACCUCCACAAUCACAUCGAUCAUCUCCAAUACUCAUCCAUCGCAGCAUCAUCACAUUCAACCGAAAAUGGAACAGAAAUCUCAGAUACAUCAUCUUCCGAUUCCCCAUCAGCAUCAGGCUCACCAGCUGCACCACCACAUCUCGGCACCGAUGCAUCUGCCCCCACCAAACCCCCAACAAUUGGCAGCACUCGCCCUCCACCACCAGGUGGCCCAGCAGCAGCAGCAGCAACAACAACAAUCCUCACCCUCAACGGGCCGAGCACAGCCUUCUCCUCGUACAUCACAUCCGCCGCCGCCGCAGCAGCAGCAGCUUCCGGUGCAACAGCCGGGACCGCCCCAGGUCCCCCAGGGCCCCCCGGAAAACCAACAGCAGCAGCAACCGGGCCCGGGCCCAACUGGACCCCUGCCACCACAACACCAUACGGUCCCGGUUACUAUUAUAACCCACGCUGGCACAAUUAAUCCGAUGCCGGAUGGGCUCAACAAUCGGGUCGGUACGAUUCAGAUGCAUCACCUGAAUGCAGGCCAGUCGGAGGAACACUCGGUGGUCUAUUGAAAUGAUCACGAUGUUGCCCCCAUGGUCACUGGGCCUCCGAAUGUCCAGAUGUCUUCAGGAAUAGCGUCACCCGUUGUGACACGAUUGUAACCACACGAGCCAUUGAGAUACAGCAGUAGCAGCCGCAGCGGAUUAAGUACAGAUUUGCAAUUAGUAGUUUUUAAAACAUAAUAGGAGGAAUCUUACUCGUAACCAGUAAUAUACAUAGUGGAAUCAUGUAUGCGACAACAACAAAACAAGUACUAAAAGAUGUAUGUAUGUAAUUGUACACACUCACAUACAAGUGGAAAGAAACAAUAAUACGAAAGAAAUAAAUAAAUAAAACAUGGAUCGAUAUCAAAUAUCGAUGAAAAACUAACUAAAAGUAAUACAUGAAAAUAUGAAAAACAAUAAAAAAACAGAAAGUUGAAAACAAACACAAACUAAUGGUAAUAUAGAGAAAAGAAACAAGAAAAUAAUCUAAAUUGGAAAUAUUGAAAUAUAUUGUAGUGAAAGGAAAAUUGCAAGCAACAAAAAAAAACAACCAAUCCAACGCAAAACUGACUGUUUAAAACGUUCUUUUUUGUUCGAUACGUGGAAGCAGCGCAGCCCAGACGUGAUAGAAACACAACACACACCGUUAUAAAGCAAACACAGUGAAUAAGAGAAACCAGAAAACCCUUAGGUAAAGCUAUUACAAGAUGAUCAUAGAAAUCAAUACUUAAACAAAUAAGCAAAUUGUUGAAAUAGGUGAAAUAAACAAAUAGUAAUUGAUUUUACCCCGCAGUUGAUAAAUGGAAGUUAAUCAGAACGAAACGAGAAAAUCGUAAACAAAACUGAAAGUUGCUGGUCACAAAAAAAACUUUUUUUUUCGGAACAAAGUCAUAAAGAGAUAGGAAACACGUUCAACUCGAACCUGAACUGAGAGAAGAAAAGAAUAAACAAAGCAAACAAACAAACAAACAAAAACACAAUAGCGAUUGUGAGCAAUGGCAUCGCUAAAUGAAUAGUACAACAUUACACAGUAACUAUUAAUAGUAGAAACAAAGAAAAACAUAACAAAUAAUCGUUUGGAAACUAAGAGCACCACAUGAACGCGAGAAAUUUUACUGCGAAAUAAGCAAACAAAAAAAAAAAAAGAAAAACAAAAACGUGCGUGUUUAUCAUUCAACAUCUCAUACAUCAUCUUCUACGCCGGUAACUCGUUAGAAACUGUCGCCAUAAAUGCUGCCGCCAUAAACAAAAACUAGACAUGGAAAAUAACUUGUCGCAACUGUUGUGUAAUAGCCACGCCUACUUACUGAACAUUCACUCGCUCAUGCAAAUCUAUUCAAUAGGGAAAUAAAAAAACAAACCAACUACAAACAUACAAACAUCCACACUAACAACAGGUACACUAAAUCGGGAUCAUUCCGACGAGGGAAAACCAUACUAACAAUAAUCAAACUCCGCAAAUUCCACAUAACCGAACAGAGUACUCCUAGCAGUGCAGAAACAGCAACAACACACCCACAAUAGAUUCCAAUCAACCACACACACACAUGCAGCAACUACAGAUGUAAUAAAACUAAAACAAAACCAGAUGCAAACCGAAAACAUGAAAACAGCAGAACAAUUAUUUUUCUAUGUCUUGUGUGUUUUUUGUAGUGUAAUAAUGUGAGAGGUACUACACUGAUCUACUAUGUGUGUGAGAAAGAGAGAGAGAGAGAGAGAGAGAGAGAAAGUGAGAAAGAACGCGUGCGAAUGAGUGAUUUUUCUGUUUUUCCGCAAUAGAAUGUUUUCAUUUCUAUUAGUAAACAAGAAAAAUGGCAUGACGAGGGCCGGUGGAUUUUUGCGGCGCGCUGUGAAGAUGCAGACAGAGAAAAAAACAUCCCAAAAGUUCGCCACCCUUGUUUUAUUUAACCAUAACUUAACAAUAGUUCCAUAGCAUCUAUAAACAAUAGUAACCAGUUUUAUCCACAAACACACGCAUAUUACGCAAUAGAAUAUAACUCUGAAGAUGGGACCGCGCCGGUCGGGGUUGUUCUGUAGGGGUUUGAAGACACAACAAAAUGAAGAGAAAAAUAAAACCGACCUCUGACACGACCGGUGCUAACCUAACCAGCUACAAACUAUACUAAUUUUAAUUCAUACAGAAUAAAAUAGUCAGGAAAAGAUUCUUCUUCUGAUAAAUCACAGAUUACUGAAAAAGAGAGAAACCUAUAAAUGUAAAUUAACAUGUCCACACCUUUACUAAGCAGGCAGUAUCAUAUUGGUCGUAACGAAUGUUGAUAGGGAUAACGAACAUAGCAGCAAAGCAUAGUUUGAACUUCCAACAGAAGAAUUCUGAGUGUUUCAAAGCAGCAAUCGAUGUAGGGAAUUUGAGUUUCGAUUUGUGUUUGUUUAAACUAAAGUUUUUUUUUCUGUUUUGAAAUAGUUUUUCCGUUGAGUACCCAUACGCCUGCAACAACAUAACAAUAAUGUAACGAUCAACAAACCAAACCACCGUAAAACAGAUAGCAUCAACACAUAAAUACAUACAUACAUACAUACAUGAACACACACCCACACGCAACUAAGCAAGUCAAUAGCAGAAUCAAAUAUGGGAACGAUGAUCGGCACCUCCCCCGGGUGUUUGUCGGUUUUCCAACCGGUUACAAAGCAGCACACUAAUGAACAGUUUAAAUCAUUCUACCGACGACCGUUUGAUUGAUUUCAUUUCAGUUUCCAUUCUAUUUAUCAACGAUGGAAAAGUUUUGUGAACUCGAAGCAGUGUUUGUUUUCUAGAUUAUUUUUCUUUUUGCGUCACGAGAACUAUACGAAACACAGAAGAAGAAGUGAAAACAUGUUUUUGGCGACCAAUGUUUCGAGCUGACAUCAUCAUCAUCAUUGUCUGGACAUAUUUAGUGCGUUUCAACUUACCGUCGUGCCCGGUCCCGGUUUCGAUACUGCCGUGAACUGUCGCGUGAUUCUUCGUGAUUUUAGAUGAGACGCGCUUGUUCCGGUAGUUCGGUAUGUGAAUAUGGGGGCGGGAGGCAGUUAAAAUUAUCGUCGAACUGAGAAAGAAAAAGAAGAAUCAUAAAAAAUCAAUACGAGGUCCAAUCCAUUUCGAAAACAAAACCCACCGGACCUAUAUUCCGAUGUGAAUCAUUCUGUUUGAGUAGAUUGCUUUGGUUGCCAGUUCUUAGUGUACUGAACGCAACUUUCGUUCUGUGAGAAUCCUUCCAUUUGAAUAUACCACAUCCUGAAUCUCAUGGAAUUGGAUGCGGGCUGCAUACUUUAAUUACUAUAGCAAUUUAGCUUUACGACAUUCGAGAAGAUUGACAAUUGACAAUUAUGACGUGCUGAACAAUAAUCCGCUUAACAGUGGUAGAUAAUGGCUGGCUUCCAAACAAUAUGAGAUAGUUAUUAUUAUGAUUUCGUCGCCCGUGCGAAUGUGAAAUAAUUACGACAUCGUUUCAAAAGUAUUCGAACAAUUUUUUCCAUAAGCAUUCGAAUAAUUUUUCCCGUUUUUGUUCAAGAUCGCUCAACGAUUGUAGGUGAAAGGUGUAAAACGAUGAUUGAAAAAUAAAAUCCUUAGAUUACGAACUUGACAUAAAUUUUGUUGCAGCAUAAUUGAAUAAAUCUUGAGGGAAUUUUGUAAAGAAAGAAAAAGUUUAUAAGUUGUUCUAUCGAAAUAAAGGGCAGAUUUUAUCACAAUUUGAUGAUUAGAAAUCAAGUAAUUCGCAAAAUAACGUGGUGAAUCUAGUAAUGAGAUUGGUACAAUCACCCUAGUAUCUAUAAUGGUGAACCUUUUAAUUUCGUCACUUACCAUUCGAAAUGUUAUUCGCAUGAGUACUCAGAAAAAAGUCCAAUAAAUUUGUUUUAAGUCGUACUUUCAAUAGUUUAUUAUAAACUGCUAACGCACUGAUGAAUCGAAGGCGAAACGUAUACAAAAUGGUUUAAAGAUAGUUCAAUAUUGGCUUCGUACGGAGCCCGUUUUCAAGGAUUUGUUACAUGAGUUUGAAACGUUUCCGCUAAACUGGGUAUGUUCCAGUAUCUUUCGUGAUUGAGGCUAACAACUCGAAAUCCGGUGUCUUCGAGUACACAUAGUAUGAAUCUGGUUUGAAGCUUCUGGACCUAAUAGAGAUUGGUGUUCCUACACUCACCAAUAGCUCAUAUUACCCGGUGAAUUUUUCCAGGUUCCGUCAAGUCGCGAUUAUUGUGAAGCGAUUCUAAAGCUUUUUAUUAUUUUCCACUAUUGGCAUAAAGUCAAAAGUUUUUGGGUAUUAUUGCAUCAAAGAUUUCGGGUAUAAUUUCGAGCGGAUGUGAAAUUUUCAUUCUUUCACUUGCUGUUACGACCAUUUAAAUAUAUACCUUGAUUUGUACCAUUUCGUGUGGGAUUUUCUAAUUAUGACCGAUAUUUAUACGAACUGUUGAACAAAAUAAAAAUUGGUGCGAGUUUUUUCUCAUGUACAAAUCGCUAGCCAAAAAAUAAAAACUAUUCAACCAAACUUUGGAUUUAGCGAUGAAAUGUUCCUGUUGUUACAUAUCUUGUUUUUAUUUUCGAUUUUUCAUUUGGGAUUUGUAACAUACAGUUUAAAUUGAAGCAGGGUUAUUUAGAUAAGCAUACUUGAACUAGUAUUGAGGUAACCGGUUAGUGUUCGAUUUCCAUGACCUUAAGCGCACAUAAAUCAGUAAAGUCAGUAAAACUCAACUGAAUCGAGAGGAAUUCACAUCGUUCUAAAUGAAAGCCUAGUAAUUUAUGAAAUUAUUUCGCUCAGACAAAACAAUGUGCUUCUCUCAAGUCUUCCGGUAUGCGAGUUCCAAACUUAUCGUUUAUAGAUAAGUUUUUAAUUGUGGUUUUCGGGUUUGUAUUGUAAUAACAAACCCAAGUAUGUUAGAAAAGGCAAUAUUGCGCUUUCAUUAUCCGGUCACAAAUUAUAUUCAUAGAUUGAAAUGUUGAGUUUGUCUUAUCAUGAGCGUAUAUUGAUGCUUCCGUAAGGGCUAAAUGAUUUUUUGUUAAUAAUUUGCACGAAUAACCGUUUGGAACCGAUACUGAGAACAAUUUUAUUUUCACACAUUUCCGUUACUAAUGCGAAAAUUUUUCGACAGUGACACCCCUGAACUCUUAUCUAUAGCCAGAGAAAGUAAUGUUCAUUAAACUAUUCUUAUAAAAACAAAAAUUGGCAUAGUCCUAGACAGCGUCAUUUCAAAUGAUGUGCGGUUAUCACAGAAGAAACUUGGAUCACUCGCAAUUUUCAAAGAGCUAUUAACUUUUCCAUUUACCUGGUCUCUACAAAUCACAAGUUUAAUCGAAAUUUUUAAUUUAGAUAUCUCAGAUCUUCCAAGAUGAUGUAGAAUUAAACUGAUUAUUGGCCCUUAUUACCGGUAUCACUACACGGUGAAACCAAGUGAAGUGAUUGUAACCCUUAUUAUCGGUAUCACUUCACGGUGAAAAUCGAGUGAAGUGAAUUUAGGUCCUUAGUACGGAAGUCGCUUCAAAGACAAAAGUAAUUAUUUGGAUGAACUUGAAUUCAUUAUGAACAUCACGCCAUCAAUAUUUCGUUGAAAAAAUGAGUUUUUUCCACUACAGUGAUCACUUCACUAUGCGUGAUACUGGUAAUAGGGAAAAUCAAGUGAAGUGACAUGUAAGUGAAGUGAAUGUGAAUAUGGAGUGAGAACGGUAAUAAGGGCCAUUAUAUUUUUCGUUUGAAUGUGGUUGCCAUUUCUCCGGAGAAACAGGAACCUAUCAAAAAGAAAAACAUCUAACGCUACGACAGGGCUAACAAUCGAAUCACGUCCGAACCUUGAAAUUAAUAUCAUGUCCAACAAGUUGGCAACACUUCAUCACUUGUAAAUAAAAACUACAUUAGGUUUUUUAUCGUGACGACACAAAUGAACAAGUAUUCAUCCUUGACAGUUCAGCGGUACUGUUUACAAACAAACUUAAACAAAAAUCGAAGAGCACAUCUAAAACAAUCAUCUUUACAUUUUGCAACUAGUCACUUUUAUUUAAUAAAUAUCAAAAACGAACCGUAUUCAAUCGUGAACAAAUGUUUUAAAACUUUAUUUAGGCGAUACGGACCGUAAAUGGUCUGAUCCAAUUUGUCAAUAAACAAACAAAAGAAAUUUCUGUUUACAAACAGUACUGCUGAUUAUGUCAAAAUGUGUUCAUCCGAUUGAGGUUAGCAGUGACGGUAAAAAACCUGCCAUCGGAAUAAUACUUAACAGAUUCGUUCUAUUCAAAUCGAGGUACCGAUUUGAUACACCGAAAAUCGAGUAAAAAAGUCUUAUUGAAACGCUGGACAUAUUUCAUCGAUAGUCGCUUUUAAAUCUUGAUAAAUUUUCAAAUGGCCUUAUAAGUAAUAUGAGGCAUGGGACGAUUAAGCAAUGUAAACGUAUUCCUCUGUGUUCGAGAUUUUUUCACUGACGAUAAAAAUUCGCGUAUUGCAAAAACUUUCUUUUCGUAAUUAAAAGAUUCAUAAGGCCAUGCACAUUGAACACGUUGUAGUUGAAGAAAUGUACUGGUAUGAUAAUUUAGUUCUGGAAUGAUUUGAUUGUACCAUUAUUGAGAAAUGUGUGUCGCACAUGGUUGACUCUAGAUUCAUUCCAGAAAUGGGUUACAAGCCGCCAAACUUCAUCCACUCCGAUUUGGAUUGAACUUUGCACACAUCUACAGUAUAGCAAGCCAUUUAGUUUGCAUAGCUGGAUAGACAUUCGACUCAGAACUGGUUUUUUGAAAAGGGUGAAUGUAUUUUUUGCAAGCACUUCUCUGGAACUGCUCAUUAUUCUCACAUACUUGUAUGUAUGUCGAUGGGGAUUGGACUUGGAAGUUGAGACGCGCUUCAAUAUGCCAGGAACUCCUGAAAGACUUACAAUUAUUUUCUAGUCAUUUUAGCAGCUCCUUUGCGACAAACUGAAAACAAAUUAUUUACAACCAAGAUACAGAAGAAAACAAAACACCCAAACAACGGGAACCCUCUCUGCGAAACAAUUUACAUCCCUAGCACGAACAAAAAGGACAUUAGAAAAAAAAACGUUCGAACUAACGAUAAAACAAGUCAACUUUGGAAGAAGAAUUUUUAAUACUUUUGAUUUCCAGGCCAGAUAAAAAACAACGGUCGAGUUUUAGCAGCUCGACCGAACAAAACCCGAUAUAUACAGCAGCAUAGCCAAGCAAACCAGCUUUAAACAUUCGUUUUCACCAACCAAAUAGCACACAUGAUUGAUUUCCACUAACCGACAAUCUUUAGUUUUCACUGAAACAAAUGGCAGAAACAAUUCCGGUUUUUACAUUGAGGCACCUUGAGGAUACAAAUACUUUUAAGAGGUUUUUGAAUUGAACACAACUUGAUAAGCAGUGCGAAAACAGAAACGAAAACUCACACCACAUCCCACGAACCACUACUACAUGCAAAAAAUACACUACGCGGCAUACUAGGAAAAAAGUUACAACUAUUCACCAGAACAUCAUCUACGCCCAUCUAGCAUUACUAUCUCUUAAGGAUCAAAAUUCAUCCAAGCAAAUAGGAGCAUAUUGAAAACAGAAGAUUCAGGAACAUUAUUACACAUAAAUAUACUAUUUAGUGGUAGUUGUCUAAAUUGAACAAAAUCAAGACAACCGAAAACAAAACAAACAAAAAAUAAAAAACGUGAAAAGCAACAAAGUAUAAUACUAUUAAUUUUUAUGUGAAUUGUUUCGCUUGAUUCUUCGUUUAUUAUUCUGUGUAAUCAAGAUAACGAGAGCAGAAAAAAGCACUUUAUUGAUUAUUAAAGCUAAAGAGAUCACAAACAAAAUCAUUAAACACACAGAGAAAAAUAGACACAGCAGUUUUUUUCUUCUUAUUUUAGGGAAAGAAAAAGUGAAAACUAUUUUGUUGUAAAAGAUGUUAUAGUAAAUGUAUAUAAGGUGAAAACAGAUGAAGAGAAAAAGAAAGUUAGAGUCACACACAAAAACCAAGCGUUGGCGGAGCGCAAAUGAAAUAACUGCAGUAGUGGAGCAAAUGGCUACAAAGGAGGAAACACACCACACACCACAGACACCCACACAUACACAUUUAGUAUUAGAAAUUUAGCUGUGACAAAAAAGAACGUUUAGGUAUGUGUCUGAGAUAUAGCAUGUAAAAUUAAAAAAAGAAAAAAAAACUAACAUCCAGGAAACUUGAACACGCAUGGACGCAAAAUUGAACACAUGUUUGGGACGAAAUUUGAAAGCACACAAAACUAACACUCACUCCUUUACGUUGAGGGCAAAUUUUACGCGAUGGCUGGAUAGGCUCCCCGGGAAGCAAACAGCAGUAGCAGCAGCAGCAGCAGAUGCACACGCAGGUUUUAAAGGAAAUUACGUUUUUGAUUUUUAGGAGCGCGACGAAAAGCGGAAAAAAUUGAAACAAGAAUAAGAAUUAAGCAAAAAUCUGAUAAACGAAGUGAUAAAAAAAACUUGAGAGCGAAACACAGGAGAGAAGGUGAAUGCUGUAUAUACAACAAAAAAGAAGAAAUUUUAUUUACAAUUUUUUCAGAAAAGUGAAACGGAAAAAUGUGAAACAAAUCGUGAAUAAGUGGAAAAUCUUUAUGACUACUGAAAGCAAAUCACGUGCAGCUAAGCUGCAUUUUAUACGAAUUUUCUAUUGAAGGUUAUUUUUUAAUUUACAUUAAAUUGAGGAUCAGGAACAGUGCGAGAGUGCGCGCGCGGGCUCUCGCAUAUCGAAGCUAGAAAAGUACAGUUCAGCAGAACCGGAAAAUUGAAAAUUUGCGGGCUCUAUCAGAUUUUCUCGGUGAUACAAGAUUAGAAGCAGUUUCGUGGCAAAAUAAAUUGAAAAAAAAGCAAGCGUAUUUUAGGAUAAAGGACAGGCAAAUUCGGAAUUAGUCGUUCGAAGGAAAAUAAAGCAAAAUCAAGUGUUAAUACGGAAAUAAAAUAAAAUGUAGCGAUAUAUCGUAAGCGAGCAAGUUUAGGCCGAACAUAUAAAAUUACGCAGAAGGUUUACUGUAAGGGCAAAACUAACGGAAAAUUCGAAACUAAAACUAUUAUUACGUUCAGAAGACGGUAAUAAUUUAUGAUAACAUUUAUUUAUUACAUUUGUAAGAAGAAACCCCUAUAUAGAUUUUCCUUAUUUUUAAUAUUUUGUUUUAUUUUUAUAUUUUUAGUAUAACUCUGAUAACACGCAUUACUUUAGGUUUAGUGCUGAGAAAGUUCAUAUAAUUUAUUAAGGAAAAUAACAAAUCAACAAUAUGAACCGCAAUGUCCUCCAUUAACAAAACAAUAGUGAAAACGAGUGCGUUAAGAAGAUGCAGAAAAUAGUCGAUUCCUACUUCCUAUUUGACGAGGGACACAGUAAAAAUCGCAACAAAUGUCCGUACUUAUGAUAAGAAAGAAUGAAUAAAAAAUGAUAGCAACUAAAACGGUACCAGUUAGAAGUGUACUAGUGCAAAUCGGUGUUAGCUGCAAGUGAAUGCCAUUUUUGUAGAAAAAAAACGAAAAGUAAACGUUCGGAACAUCCCAAUACCAAUGGAAAUCGCGCAACCCUUCACAACGUACAAAUUAAGUUUAGAUAGGCGGUAAUGCUGUGAAGGUGUCCACAACCACGUCCGAAAUUGAGAGCCGAUUUCACUAGUUCACCCAAAUACAGAUGGACACAGCUCGAUCUAGGGACCAUUACUUUCUGCAUCCGAGAGCAAAACAUCCUGAGAUGUGAGAACAUUGAUGAAAGGAACCCAUAAUUAACGUGUAAAUGUAACAGGGCGUGUAAGCAAACAAUAAACAGUAGCAUGCUGCGCAAAAUUUCACUGCACACACACAAAAAGGGAAAAAAUACAAUCCAUACACAAACAAGCGUGCGAAUGAUAUGAUUUCCAUACAAUUUUACAUUAACAACAACCAUACAAAGUGAAGCAGAUAUAAUUUCAGCUUUUUUGCUCUUUUUUAUACACACAAACUGAGAAGAGUGUGCAGAGAGAUAACAAUAACUAAGCAAAACAAAACAAACAAAAAGAAAAAUGAAACUAAUCGAAAAAUCGCAAAUAAAUUCGCCCCAUAAGUUCAUUUUUGAUUACAUGUUCAUCCCCUCUGUCCAAACACACACCCAUACACAUGAAAGUUGGAAAGCAUUUGUGAACUUGAACGGAUGUGAACACCGAUAAACCAGCACACAAAAUACUUUCGACAACAAAAGAUCCUUUUUCUUAGUUUAUAGCUUUUGUUUUAUUGUAAAACAAAAAUACAGCCAGUAUAAUGUAUCCUUAAUGUUUCAAACUAUAAAUUAUAUUAUCAAAAUUAAUAAAUGUUUUGAAUAUAAAGUAGUUUCAAAAAA